UCCUACAGCAGCCAUCAGUUAAGACGAAGCGCACAGCAUGCAAUCACCAAACAAAACCAACGGAAUCCUUCUGUCUUACGACCAAACAGCAUCAAUGCCAUGCUAGCAGCCAAUUAUGCUGGGUUUACCCGGGUCUACGCUGUCCUGCGGCCCAAGGUGUAUGUCUCGGAGGGUAGCACAAGGGCCAUGUCUAUGCUGCCCAAGAUAACCCGACUGCUGAAGAUUAGAUACAUCGUCAUUGGCUCUGCUGUAGCAGGUGGUACGAGUCUCAAAAUGACCUACAACAAUUGGAAGGACAGCAUCCCAGACCUGAGUUGGAUAAACGACUACUUCCCCGACGGAUCUCUCAUGAGGGACAUGUCCAAUGAGAUGCGUCGAUUCACAGUGUACAUGAAGCUACCAGAUAAAGGUUGGCUGAAACGCAGAGUGGAGUCCGUUAAAGGACUCAUGCCUGAAUUUCCUGAUGGUUCAAAUCCCCAAAUUCAUGUUUUGGGUCAGGGUGGUUCUAUACCUGUAACAAACUCUCUAUGGGAAGGAUCAGAAAGUAAGAAGGCCAGUCCUGUUAUGGCACUAAAGGCUGAAGAUACUCAAGAGACAUCAUCAGCCUCUGCACAGGAAAGUCAGAAGGAAAGAGAUGUUCUUGAGAAAAUCAAAGAAGAAUUCUUAGAAGCGCAGCUGAGGUACCAAAGAGAGAUUGAUAGACUGGAGAAGGAGAAUAAAAGACUCAAGAAAUCACUGCUGAGCAAAGGAGAUAAGAAUGCCUUAGGAAGAAAAGAGAAGAAAUCGCUGAUUGAUAUGUACUCUGAGGUGCUGGAUGAGCUCUCUGAUUUUGAUACCUCAUACAAGAUGCAGGAUCAUCUUCCAAGGGUUGUAGUUGUAGGAGACCAGAGUGCCGGGAAAACCAGUGUUCUUGAGAUGAUUGCUCAGGCUAGGAUAUUCCCCAGGGGAGCCGGUCAGAUGAUGACUAGAUCGCCUGUGAAGGUGACAUUGAGUGAAGGUCCUAAUCACAUAGCACAGUUCAAGGACAGUGGAAAGGAAUUUGACCUUACCAAGGAAUCGGAGCUAAAAGCUCUAAGGCAGGAGAUAGAAGCUAGGAUGAAAAACAGUGUUCAGGACGGACAGACCAUAAGUAGUGAGGUGAUAUCACUGAGUGUGCGAGGGCCGGGUAUACAGCGGAUGGUUCUUGUUGAUCUACCAGGGAUGAUCAGUACUGUAACAACAGGAAUGGCUGCAGACACAAAGUCCUCUAUACAAAAGAUGAUCAACGGUUAUAUGGGCAACCCCAAUGCUAUCAUUCUAUGUAUACAAGAUGGUGCGAUCGAUGCUGAGCGUAGUAUAGUCACUGAUCUUGUCAACGAGGUUGAUCCGACAGGAAAGAGGACCAUCUUCGUCUUGACCAAAGUAGAUCUAGCAGAGAAGAAUCAUCUAAACCCAAAUAGAAUAAGACAAAUCCUUGAUGGUCGGCUCUUUCCUAUGAAGGCUCUGGGUUACUUUGCAGUUGUAACAGGAAAAGGCAAUACCAGUGACAGUAUAGACAGCAUUAAGCAAUAUGAAGAGCAGUUCUUUAGGCACUCGGCAUUAUUCAAGUCAGGUGUAUUUAAGGCAACUCAACUGAACACUCAGAACCUUAGCUUUGCCGUCUCAGACUGCUUCUGGAAGAUGGUGAGAGAGUCAGUAGAACAACAAGCAGAUGUGUAUAGAGCUUCCAGAUACAACUUAGAAACAGAAUGGAAGAACAACUUUCCAAGGUUACGAGAAUUAGAUAGAGAUGAACUUUUUGAGAGAGCGAAGAGCGAGAUGCUGGAUGAAGUCAUGAGCCUCAAUGAAAUCAAACCACAACAAUGGGAGGAGACUCUAUCGAAGCUCCUAUGGGAAGGUGUAUCUAGCCAUGUCUUUGAAGGUAUCUACCUCCCAGCCUCACAAUCGUUAGAUGCAGGGGCUUUCAACACCAUCAUUGACAUCAAAUUGAAAGAAUGGGCCGAGAAUGUUCUACCAAAGACAAGCAUUGAGGUUGGAAGCAACACACUCGUUGAGGAAUACUCCAAGCUCGUCGAGAAGAGUAAAAGUAAGAAAGAUCACGACACCAUCUUUGAUUCACUGAAGACAGCUGUCAAGCAUGAGAGUAUCAGUAGGCAUCAAUGGAUGGAGAGGGCCGUUGAAAACCUGAAAGUGAUUCAGUUCAAUGCUUUAGAGGAUAGAUCCGUACCUGACAGAAGGCAGUGGGACCAAGCAAUCUCCUUCAUGGAAACCAUGAUCAAACAGAGACUCAAAGAAACUGAUAUAGCCAUACAGCAGCUGAUAGGACCUGGUUCCACAGAGCGAUGGAUCUACUGGAAGAGAAUAAGUCAAGAAGAGAUUAGCAGGAGAUUGGCAAAGGAAGAACUAGAAAAGUUACUCCAAGCUGAAGAGAAUCAUCUACCAGAGCUGACUGAGGAUGAGCAAACCACAGUCAAGAAGAAUCUACAAACAAAAGGAGUGGAUGUAGAUAACCAUCUUAUACAAGAGACGUGGUACCCAUUGUUCAGGAAACAUUUCAUGCACCGAUCCCUUCGUCUUGCCAGUGAUUGUAGGAAAGGAUUUUAUCAUUAUCAUCAAGGAUUAAAUGAUUCAGGGAUUGAAUGCCACGAUAUUGUACUUUUCUGGAGGAUACAACGGAUGCUAGAACUGACAAGUAAUGUCUUACGUCAACAGAUCAUGAAUACGGAAGCGAGAAGACUGAGUAAAGAGGUGAAGGAGGUCUUGGAGGACUUUGGAGACGAUAGGUCAACCAAGGUCAAACUACUUACAGGGAGGAGGGUGGAUCUAGCUGAAGAAUUGAAUAAAGUCAGGCACAUUCAGGAGAAAUUAGAAGCAUUCAUUGAAGCACUCCGGAAGGAGAAGGUAUGAUGGAGGUCUUCUACUCAGACAUUACAGUACAUUGACACAGGUUCACAGCUUUGUCGUGGAAUCGUACAUUAUCGGUGAUCCUUUUUUCCGCAGAAUGAAAGAGGAGAAGUUGGACGUGCGGGAACAGCCUUCCAGAAUGGAAUAUCAUCUGUGGAGUAGAAAAUAUUGAGAAAAGAUCAACAGAUUUUACUAGAAAAUUUGACUGCAUAACUUAACCCUCAUUUCAUAUCAUCCUGGGACCCGUUUCAUAAAGACUUGUUAAUGCAUGAUUUCUACAACAAGUUCAGUGUCAGCCAUUCAAAUCAAAUUAUUUCAGUAGCUUAAAACUGUCAUUGCAAAUUUAUAAUUAUAACAAGUUUUAUGGAAUGGGCCUCUAGAUGUUCUAUAUCAAUCUAAAACAGAAUAGAAUUGUUAUCUCCAGUGACAAUCCCAAUAUCUUGCUGAUAAAGGUCAAUUGUCGCUCUCUAUCCAGGAGUAGAUUGUGAACAUGCAACCUCAACCUCCGGAUAAUUAUGGUAGAACCUUCGGGAUCAGUGUAUGUCAUUGACACUGGUUUGAAGCUGGUAUAUUUUGAAAUGAUAAAAUAAAAAAAUCUAGAUACCAUCAUUUCAAAAUUUGAUGAAUUCAUCAUAAGUUAUCUCAUGAACACACAUGUUGUGAAAAAAAUCUUGAAAUUUAUUAAUUUUACAAUAAAAAUGUAUUUGAAAAAAUAUUAAACAACUUAACAAGCAUUGAAUAUGGAGAAACUAUAGGUUCUUGCAGUUGUCCUUUCAAUUAACUCCAUAAUUGAAAUGAAAUUUGUAAUCAAUCAAUUAGAAAUUAAGAACUAUAAACCGCACCAAGCAUUGUAAGAUUCAAUUGUUAGAAUGAUCUGGUCAAAUGUAAUUCAUAUUACUAGUAUUUAAACUUUAUCAUAACUGUAGGCUACACCAGUCCUGGCAAUGUCAAAAGUUGCUGCUUUCAUAGCUGCCUGUGAGUGUUAUAGCCACUGUCAAAGUUAGACACUGUUCUCAUUACAAUCCUAUAAACUAGAUUACUGGAAACCAGUUCAGGAAACCAGUUUUGAAGAUCGCUUUGCUAGCGUUCCCAUUUGAUCACCUGAAAAUGGUUUUCAAAACCACUUCACAGAAAACGAUCAUGUUUCUAUGGUUCAAUUUUGCACGAAAUUUGAAACUGCAGCAUAGGCGUUCUACACACAACGUGUGCGUAGAUCGCUUCCCAAAGAAUGGUCGUGUCCUCACUUAUGCUAAAACCAAUUUAGCGAGGCAGAGCAAUCUUGAAAACUACAGUACAUCGCGAGGUGGUUUUCCUAACCUGUUUGGAAGAUCGCUUCGACCAUUUUCAUUUCUAGUUUGCAAACUAGUUUGAAGAUGGUAAUGAGAACGGGGUCUAAGAUUCAGUAGACGUAUUCACAUCCACCCACUUAAAAAAGUACCUGGAUAUUUAGGGUUCAGGCCUUAUGAAAUAAAUAAGUUGUUUUUUUACAUUCACACCUAUAUAGUCAAGAUAAAGUUCUUGAAGUUAUGAGCCAGUAACAAUAUCAGCAUUUGAAUGUUCUUGUAUCAUUUUUGCUUUCAUGCUGAAAAAUCCCUUCAAAAGUUCUCAUCAUUUUCAAGAGUAUCUUAUUUGUGGGUAUUUUUGUUGUGAGCAUAUUACAAGUAAUCUUCAUUCACACCUGCAAAAUACCAUCUAUUAUAUUUUUUGAUCGGGUGGGUGAGAAAACCUAUUCAAUGGGUUUUCUACACAUUAGUAUUGUGUGUACUGUUAUGUAAUGAUCAGUUCAAAUUUUUAUCAUUCAGAAUCGGUAUGACAUUAAUUGUAUGGCCUACCGAUGUGAAUCAUGAGGAAAUUUGUAAAUAGAAAGAAGAUUUAUUUGGUGAACUGUAAAAAAAAAAUGCAAUUGUGUGUAUAAGGCCAUAGACUGUACAAUAACAUGCUUCCUUUCUUCAUGGUAAUAGGUCCAUGCUUUCUGAAAUAGGAUGAUUGAAAUGUGCAAAAAGGACUUAUCAUCAGCAAGCAUGACUUGUUUUGGUAGUUUUAAAUAAAUUUUAAAUGCUAAGUUAUGCAAGACCCGUCGAGAGAACAGUUCAUAAGAGCUGAAGUGGCUACCUUGGGUAAAUAAUCAAUAUUUCUAUUAGACCAUCUCUAUUUUUAUGUGCAUUUUGUGUACAAUCGACCAACUUAAACAAUGGAAAAUCCCGUAAAAUAUUUGCUUGAAAAGCAAGACCAUCAUGAGGAAAAUAUUCUCUAAAUGAGAGAUGGUAAACACUAAAAAUACUUUUCCAGGAAUAGUUCAUGUAAUAUAGUGCCAUUUGCCAUUUUCAUAAAAUUUUGAAGGAACCUUAAAGUUGCUCAAUGCUGCAAAGUAUAAAACGAUUGUUUCUCCUUUUUUCCAAAAACAAGUAGGCAUAUUCUGAUAUUGAGAUCAUUUGUAGCAAAGAAGAUUUGACUAAUAUAAAUAAUUUCUUAGCCAUUCAAGAUAAUACAUAUUAUGUAUUGAUUAGAUAGUACAGUUUCACUUACAAUACAAAUUUUCUCAGGAAAUUGAAGUCUCCAUAGGUAUAGUGAUUACAACUAGAAUUCAUGAAUUUCUUAUUUUUAGUCUAAUCAGGCAUUGAUCCAAUUUCAAAAUUUCCCCUUUACAUUGGGGUUGGAUUCCCCUCUUACCUGAAUUAUUGGUGACUAUAAUUUAAUUUGGGGUCAAAAAAUGAAGGAAAAAAAAUUAAUAAAAAGGUCCAUUCUGCAUGGAUUACUUGUUACUAGGUCUGGCAGGCUUCUGUUGUCCAUAAUGAAAUACAAUUGAAAAUACUGCAUAAAAAUUGAAUACCAAUAUUAUAGUAAACAGGGCCUAUUAUAUUUAUAUAUCGUCGUGUAUUGUCAAGCUAUUAAAUGAUGAGGAGCCUUUUGUAGCCAAUAUCUCCCAUAUUUAAAUCAAUCUUCCCGAGAAACAAUGUGUAACUUGACCCAUCUUCCUCAGAAGUAGGCUAAACUUUUUUUCUCCUUCAAUAAUAUUUAUUUAUGGAGCUCUACUCUUGCAGUAGUUCAAUUCAUUUACAAUUUAGAAAGCACAUAAAUCAGGCAUGAAUUAGUUUUUUUGUUCCUCUCAUUUGGGAGUCAAAUGAAGGCAUUUUAUUGAUGCAGAUUUAUGAGAAAUUGGAAAGUUUUGACAUAUUUGUGAGACCUAUAAAGCUCCCAGAUUGUCUUGGCCCUGUUUUUAAUUUCAUGGAUCAGUAAGUUGCCAAUUUGAAGCCGAGAAUGUAAAAUGUAUCUUACAAAGCUUUCCAGGGAGAUAUAUGCCUUCAAAUCGGUAGCCAUUAGAAAAGUAAUAACUCAUAGAUAUGAAUUUGUAUUUUCAUAUUUCAUCAGUGUUGUACAAACGAAUAUUAAAGUAUCAGAAGUUGGCUUGUUGGUUUUCAAACACGGAAUUCCUUCACAUUUUUUUUUAUUGCUGUUGGAUCUCAUUUCAAAAAAGUUUCAAGAAGGCCUAUACAAUUAGAUGCAUGAGAUCACAGAACCAUACAUAACAGUAUCAAAUGAUAACAUUUUAAGUAUUUUUUUAAAGGACAAGUCUACCCCGACAAAAAGUUGAUUUGAAUAAAAAGAGAAAAAUCCAACAAGCAUAACACUGAAAAUUUUAUCAAAAUCGGAUGUAAAAUAAGAAAGUUAUGACAUUUUAAAGUUUUGCUUAAUUUCACAAAACAGUUAUAUGCACAUCCUGUUUGGUAUGCAAAUGAGAAGACUGAUGACGUCAUCCACUCACUAUUUCUUUUGUAUUUUAUUAUAUGGAAUAUGAAAUAUUUUAAUGUUCCCCUCAUUAUCAAGUGAAACAAUGAUUAAUUCCUCCCUGAACAUGUGGAAUCAGCAUUGUUUAAUACUAUAUGGUUAAGUCAAGUUGGUCCUUAUUGUCAAAUCUGUAAAAAAUGAAAUAUUGUAUAAUUCAAACAAUAAAAACAAAAGAAAUAGUGAGUGAUGGACAUCAUCGACGGACUGAUCUGCAUGUCACUGAGUUGUGGAUAUCACUGUUUUGUGAAAAAUAAGGGAAACUUGAAAAUGCCAUAACUUUCUUAUUUUACAGCCGAUUUUGAUGAAAUUUUCAGCAUUCUGCUAGUUUGAUUUUUCUCUAUUUAUUAAAAUCAACAUUUUUCUGGGAUGGACUUGACCUUUAAGGUCAUUCUUUUUUUUUAACUAAAGACAAGUACUUAGCCAAACAUGAACAUUUAUCACAUCUAAGAAACAUUGUGAUUGUGAAUUUCUUUUUGUUCUUCUUGGAUUAAUGGUAAUGUAUUUUUAUUUCACAAAAGAGCCUUGUGUUAUUACAUGAGCAAUAGUAUUAUUGUAUAUCUGUCUCUCAGAGAGCAGCAAUGUAUUGUAAUAAUUAUAUUGAAAUAUUAUUUCAUACUAUCUCCAAAAUGGAUAUUUAUGUUUAUUUGUAUAUGUUUGUGUUCAGAAUUUUGUUUGUGUGUUUGAAGUCAACUUCGCCUGAUUUUAGUGUGACUAUCGAUCAAGUGUGUUCAAAUAUUCUUGGAAUCCCCCCUUACACUAGCAUGUAGGGAGGGGGGCACGAGGGUAUUUUGAAAGGGGGGUACGAUAAUCUAAAUAUAUUGCCUUUUUUUAGUUGAUUAGUGUGAGUAGUAGGCCUACAUGUAUAUAUAGAGUUACACAAUCCAGGGCCCGUCUCACAGAGAGUUGCGAUUGAUCCGAUCAACCACAACUAUGGACGGCCAGCAACGUCAACAUCUAAAAUGCAAAUUUGUCCAAAACAUUUUCUAGAUAUAUGAUGUAUAUUCAUACUUUCAUAAUUCUCUUGAACAUUCAGUGUGAUUCUCUUUGCUUACUAAGGAGAUCGUGCAAAUUUCCUGUAGAAAAAAUUAUGGUAUGGAUGGAUUUCCAUACAGUUGAGAGUGACUAGAUCAGUUGUAACUCUUUGCAAGACGGGCCCUUGGUCCCGUAACACAAAGAUUAACGAUUAAUCGUACGCUUGACUUUUACGAUUGAUUGUACAUUGUAGUCAAUGGAAUCCAUCGAAGAAAAAUGUUCUACGAUCAUUGCUAAGCUUUGUGUUACGGGCCUCUCUUCUCUUUACCCUGUUUUCACUUUUUUCCUCCAAAACUUGAAACAUCAUAGGGGGCAGCCCCCCCCCCCCCCCCUCUUACUGGCUUAUGGUGCCCCCAUGCUAGCAGUUAUGGAGAGAAUGAUUUGUGAAAUAUUUGUACUUGGUUGGUUCACAAUUUCUAUGUCAGUUGACAGUUUGUAAUUUUUGUUUGUGUGCUCACGGAAGCACUUUCUCAUUCCCAAAUUCAAUGGAGGGCAGGCAGAUAAGGGCUCAAAACUAAUCAUUUUCAGGAAACUAUAAUAAAAACCUUGAGUUUGCAAUGUUACCAUGAUUAUACUCCUUCUGCGUCCCAUCACUAAAAGGGAUAAAAUCAAUAUUUGCAAUCAAUUGCAAUUUUUUUACAUUGUUUGCCAGAAACUUACAAUUUCGGGUUUUUUUUUUUUGGGGGGGGGGGCAAGUGCUUGUAACUUGUGUGACUAGGACCCCAUUGUGUCACUAGGACCUCAUUGUGUAAUUACCAUAAUUUAGGUAAAUCUGAAUAUCUUUCAUUGAAGUUCGGGAUCAUUCUCUCAUAAGGUGGAAGAUUAUAUCGUAAAACAUUGGCCUACUUGUGUGAAUUGGAUGCAUUACUGCAGUCAAUGAUAUGCCUAUUUAGGUAAAUUCAUAAGUAAAGUGUCUUAUUGAAAGUGAAAUAAGAUUUCCCAUGUUUAUUGGGUUAUUUGAUAUUGUUUUGGGUAUGAAAUUUCUUCUUAAGCAUAUAGGCCUAUUGGGGAAAAUAUAAAAAUAAGGCAAUGAUAUUCUUAUAGAUCCAAAGCUUUCAGAUAUGCAAUAACUGAUGUAUUUGACUGAUAUUGAUUUUUUUUUAAUUACAUUACAGAAAAAGUUUCCUGGAUGAAACCCUUGAGAUAUCUCUGUUAGCUCAACAGUCCUGUUCAAAUUUACAAAAUAAUGAAUUAGUGAGAAUUAUGUGAUGGUCACUGGUCUUUUCUAAUAUGGAAUGUUUGAAUAAUGUCCAAUAUAAGAUUUACAGAGAGAUUUUCUAACAUAUUUAUAAAGCCUUCAUUCUAAAAAAAAGUCAUCUUCUUCCUGAUGACUGAAAAUGGUACAAACAUUAAGUUUUAUAAAUUAUGUCAUAGUUUAUAUGAUAAUCUGAAACUCUGGUUUGCUAAUGUCUGUGAGAAGUAGGAUACAAGUUGGGAUAAAAUGGAAGGAUAUUAAAUGUUAUGUGUAAAGUGCAACUCUGAAAGUAAAAAAAAAACACGCCAAUUUAUGUGAAUGUCUUUGUUUCUUGUUAUUAAAUGUAUAGGAAGAAUGGGUCAUACUCAUAAUGAAACUAAUGUAAAUGUAUGUAUUUAUGAUGUCUGAUAAUAGUCUAAACAUUUUUAUGUUCUUUCAUGACUAUUGUCACUGGUGUGACUGCAUACUAAUUUCUGCUGUUAUAUAAAGUAAAUAUGAAUUGGAGGAUUCUCCACAUAUUAUGUUUUAUGAGAUGAAUAAAGUGAUAUGCAACCAUAA